AAUCUCGCACGGAGCGGUUAGACUCCCGUGAUUCGCGCGCCAGAAAACGCGAAGCUUCACGUCUUCCAUCAUCACCGAUUCACCGAACUUGAGCGAUCCUCAUCUCACUUCCGUCACCUUAUCCUACACCCAUCGUUGAGUUCAUCCCUGGGACACGGCCAGGGACACGCAAACCAAGAUGGCGGAUGAGAUUCAGAUCGACAAGAAUGUCUUCCAUAACCGCCUUUCAUCCUUCCUAUCACACUGGAAGGCCGACAAACGCGGUGGCGAUAGCUCCUUUGGUGGUGUUGGCUCCGUGGUCAUCUGCGUCGGGAAGGCGAGUGACGGAGCUUACACGAAAGGUGCAGCUUUUCAGCUCUGGCUAUUAGGCUACGAAUUCCCGGCGACGCUCUUCGUGCUCACACAGGAUGCGCUUCACAUUGUGACCACGAAGAAGAAAGCUUCCUACCUCGAACCCCUCAAAGAGGAAGGCAAAACGCCCAUCGAAAUCCACAUCCGCGGAAAAGACGCAGAAGAGAAUGCGAAGCAGUUCGAAGCAUGCCUGAACGUCGUCAAGAAGGCCGGGAAGAAGGUCGGGCUCUUCACGAAAGAGACUGCGAAUGGCCCGUUCGCCGAAGCAUGGAAGGGAGCCUUCGAAAAAGCGACGUCAGAUUUGGAGCAGGUUGAUAUGUCCGCUGCUAUUUCUACGGCGGCACUCUCAAUCAAGGAUGAGAAGGAGCUGAGGAAUGUCCGUGACGCCUCGCGUGCAUCGACUCAUAUGAUCAAGUUCCUAUCCGACGAGAUAGUCGAAAUCAUCGACGAAGAGAAGAAAAUCACCCACAAGAAUCUGGCGGACAAAAUCCGGGACAAGUUGGACGAUAAUGCGUUCUUCAAGAAGAUCAAGGUCUCAAACAACUUCGAUCCGAUACACCUCGAUUGGGCCCUGACUCCCGUCGUGCAAAGCGGUGGUCAAUACGAUCUCAAGUUCGCGAGCGAGAGUGACGAGAGCAACCUCAGAUCGGGCGUGAUCCUCGCUUCGUUAGGCUUGCGCUACCAGACGUACGCUUGUUCAGUUUCAAGGACGUACAUGAUCGACCCAAACAAGAGCCAAGAAUCUGCUUACAAGCUAUUGUUGCAAGUCCACGACACAGUCGUCAAGUCGAUCCGAGAUGGCGUCGUGGCAAAGGACGUGUACAACAAGGCGAUCGGCGUGAUCAAAGCUAAGAAGCCCGAGCUCGAGAAGAACUUUGUUAAAAGCAUUGGCAGCGCCAUUGGUAUCGAGUUACGGGACACAACGCUCGUUUUGAAUGGAAAGAACAAUCGCACCUUGAGGGAUGGUAUGACACUGGCGAUCACCGUGGGGUUUGCAGAUUUGACGAAUCCCGAUCCGAAGACCAAGAGAGACGGGACAUACUCACUGGUCAUUACCGACACUGUGCGUGUCGCUGCAACCGAAGCUGCGGUUUUCAGCAAGGACGCGGCUCUUGACCUCGACAGCGUCGCAUUCUACUUUAAUGACGAGGAGGAGCCAACACCCAAGAAGAAAACACAGAAAGAUUCCCGUGUCGGAGCUGUCGCAAAGAGCAACAUUACCUCCACUCGCCUGCGAAACGAACGCCAAACCAACCAGAACGAAGAGAAAGAGGCGCAGCGACGCGAACAUCAGAAGGAGCUGCACGAGAAGAAACAGCGAGAAGGUCUGCAGCUUUACGCUGAGGUAACCGGAAGCUUGAACGGGACGGUGGAGAAGAAGUUCAAACGGUUCGAGUCCUACAAGCGCGAUAAUCAGUUCCCGACUCGCGUGCGAGACCUGCAGAUCGUGGUGGACCACAAGGCUUCUACCAUUGUUCUCCCCAUCAUGGGCCGACCGGUUCCAUUUCACAUCAACACUGUCAAAAAUGCUUCGACUGCUCAAGAAGGGGAUGCAUCGACGCUUCGGAUCAACCUGGUCUCGCCUGGUCAGGGCGUUGGUCGUAAAGAUGACCAACCCUUCGAAGAUCCCUCCGCACAUUUCGUCCGCAGCUUCACUUUCCGAUCCACGGACCGCGACAGGAUGGAACAGCUCGCGAGCGAGAUCACGGACCUCAAGAAAGCGAGCAACCGGCGGGCGCAGGAAAAGAAGCAGAUGGAAGACGUCGUGGAGCAGGACAAAUUGGUCACGGCGAAAGAUCGACGCCCACCCAAACUCGAUCAUCUUUUUAUUCGGCCCACACUGGACGGUAAACGUGUUGCCGGCCACGUCGAGAUCCACCAGAACGGUAUCCGAUAUGUCCAUGGUCUCAACCAGACCCAUGUCGAUAUCCUGUUCUCCAACAUCCGCCAUCUAUUCUUCCAACCGUGCGCGCACGAACUCAUCGUCAUCAUCCAUCUUCACCUCGUCAAUCCCAUCAUGAUCGGCAAGAAAAAGGCCAAAGACCUCCAAUUCUACCGCGAGGCGACCGAAAUGCAGUUCGACGAGACCGGUAAUCGACGACGAAAGCACCGCUAUGGCGACGAGGAGGAGUUCGAGCAGGAGCAGGAGGAACGACGACGACGUGCGGAGCUGGACAAGGAGUUCAAGGCUUUCACGAAGAAGAUCGAAGAUGCGGCUUCCAAAAUGGUGGAUAUGAGCGCCGAUGUCCCGAUCCGCGAUCUUGGAUUCAACGGUGUGCAUAGUCGUAGCUCCGUGCUAAUGCAGCCGACCACGGACUGCCUGGUGCAGUUGACCGAACCGCCAUUCUUCGUUGUGACGCUCUCGGACAUCGAGCUCGUCCAUCUCGAACGUGUUCAGUUCGGUCUGAAAAAUUUCGACAUGGUUGUCGUCUUCCACGACUACAACCGUCCCGUCGCCCACAUCAAUACCAUCCCCGUCGAGUCCCUCGACAUCGUCAAAGACUGGCUCGACUCCUGCGAGAUCCCCUUCACUGAGGGCCCGCUCAACCUCAACUGGAGCACGAUCAUGAAGACGGUGGUCUCGAACCCGCAUCAAUUCUUCGUCGAUGGUGGCUGGUCAUUCCUCGCGGCUGAAUCCGACGACGAGGACGGGGACGACGAGGACGAGGAGAGCGAUUUCGAGAUGGACGCGGACGAGUUCAACGAGGCAGAGAGCAGCGAGGAGGACUCGGAGGAGGUGGACGAGUAUGCGAGCGACGAUGAGGGGAGCGCGGAGGAUGAUGAGGAUGAUGAUGGGGAGGAUUGGGAUGAGAUGGAAAGGAAGGCGAAGCAGAAGGAUCGGGAGGCAGGGUCGGAGGACGAGGACAAGUCACGGAAGCGGAAGCGUUAAGCGGGUAGUAUCCUCCCUGCUGUACCGAUCUUUCUUUCGGCUCAAAGGCGGUGUGGCCUGGUCUCUGGUAUGGGGUAGACUGGAUCGGCCGGUGUGCCGUCAGUCAUGGCUCCAUGGGUACAAGGUCUUCUUUUAGGGGGGAAUGAUUCGCUUGUAUACUAUAGGGCAAGGUGCUCGGAUUCAAAAGCAUCGAAGGAUCCGUUCACAAUGAUCGGUAAGGAAACCAAAAUCGAUUAGUUCAAUGGCUUGCCGGAAUCACAGCAGC